GAUUAUCAUUUGGACUCCACCCAACACAAAACUAAAAGUACACACACACAAGUCACAACACUGUUUGGACUCCCAGGCUUACUAAACAAGACUACCUCUCAGCCAUCCUAUACAUACGAUACUUACAACAAUUUUCAGAUAAACCCCAUCUCUCUCUCUCUGGUCAUCUUGCCUAUUGAAUAUAUUAUAGAUUAGGUGAAAAAAGCAGAAAAACCCACUCUUACCAUCUUCCUAAGACACCCCAUUUUCUAACUCCACCUAAUUUAACGCCCCUUUUGGAGAGAGAAGCUGGGUUCUGGUUUUUAGAGAGAGAAAGUGCUUUUUUGGGUUUCUUGUUUGUGAAUCUGUUUGGUUUGUUCAUACCCCAUUGCUCAGAUCUUGUUUAUUUUGUGUUUUUGAUGUGGGUUUAAAUUAUGUGACAUUCUUGAGCUCAGAUUGUUGAUUGCUGUCAAUGCACAUAGUUUGGGUGGCUUAUUGUGUGUAAAUGUCUGCUCCUUUGGCUUUGGCAGAGAGGCCUCGAAUCGCUGCUUCGAAUACGGUUUUCAAGAGUGGGCCACUAUUCAUAUCCUCAAAAGGCCUCGGUUGGAAAUCUUGGAAGAAGCGUUGGUUUAUCCUUACACGCACCUCUUUAGUCUUUUUCAAAAAUGAUCCUAGUGCACUUCCCCAGAAAGGUGGUGAAGUAAAUUUGACGUUAGGAGGCAUUGACUUGAAUAAUUCAGGGAGUGUUGUUGUCAGAGAAGAUAAAAAGCUUCUAACUGUUCUGUUUCCUGAUGGGCGCGAUGGGAGAGCAUUUACUCUUAAGGCCGAAUCAUCAGAAGACUUGUAUGAAUGGAAGGCGGCUUUGGAACUUGCUCUUGCACAAGCCCCUAGUGCAGCCCUUGUUAUUGGACAUAAUGGAAUUUUUCGGAAUGAUGCUAAUGAUACAAUGGAAGGUUCAUUUAAUCAAUGGAGAGAAAAGCGUCCUGUGAAGUCUUUGGUGGUUGGAAGGCCCAUUUUGCUUGCAUUAGAAGAUAUAGAUGGAGGACCAUCCUUCUUAGAGAAAGCUCUGCGAUUUCUCGAGAUGCAUGGAACCAAAGUAGAAGGAAUUCUGCGACAAUCAGCAGAUGUUGAGGAAGUAGAUAGCCGAGUUCAAGAAUAUGAACAAGGGAAGAGUGAAUUUGGUGAAGACGAGGACGCUCAUGUAAUUGGUGACUGUGUUAAGCAUGUUCUCCGGGAACUACCUUCAUCUCCAGUUCCGGCUUCUUGCUGCACUGCUUUGUUGGAAGCUUACAAGAUUGACAAAAAGGAGGCUCGGCUGAAUGCCAUGCGUUCAGCGAUACUGGAAACGUUUCCCGAGCCAAACAGGCGGCUAUUACAAAGGAUUUUAAAAAUGAUGCACACAGUUUCUAUACAUGCACCCGUAAAUAGGAUGACUCCCUCUGCUGUUGCCGCUUGUAUGGCUCCGUUACUUUUACGACCUCUUUUGGCCGGUGAAUGUGAAUUGGAGGAUGAUUAUGAUAUGAAUGGUGAUAGUUCUGCUCAGCUUCUUGCUGCUGCAAAUGCUGCGAACAAUGCUCAAGCUAUCAUCACAACACUUUUAGAGGAUUAUGAAAGCAUAUUUGAUAAUGAUGCUAUGCAUAGAUGCUCUAUUUCUGCCGAUUCUCAAAUCGGUAACAGUGUGAGUGACGAUUCAACUGAUGAUGAAACCCUGGACAAUAAGAAAAAUGGUUACCAUGAUGUAGAAAAUGAAGUUCAGCAAGAGACUGAUGAUGAUCAGGAUCGUGUGCUUAGUGGAAAGUUGAGUGAAACAAGUGGUUAUGCUGGUAGCGAUCUUUAUGAUGAUAAGGCAUACAGAGGUGAUGAUUCAGAGGUUGGAUCCCCUCGAGUUGAUUACAACUUAGGGGCAAAGUCCAGUACCCCUGUAGGCUCUCAUCCACAUGUGGAUUCUCGAGCCAGGGAGCCACAGGUUCUACAACAUAAGGCAGGGGAGAAUGGAUUGGAAACCUCACCGGUAUUACGGGGUGGUGACUCUUAUCGUUCUAUGGGGCAAAUUCUAUCUUCAAUGGAUCAAGGGCUACCUUUGUCAGUCCCUGGACUGGAAUCAAACAUUGAAAAGACAAUCACCAAACCUACCAGCUCCAAUCUUAAUGCCAAACGGUCAACAUUUUGGGGAAGGAACAGUACCAGGAAGACACCCUCAAUGGAUUCAAUUGAUUCUUCUGGUGAAGAAGAGCUUGCUAUCCAAAGGCUUGAAAGUGCAAAGAAUGACCUGCGACACCGAAUUGCAAAGGAGGCUAGGGGGAAUGCUAUAUUACAAGCUAGCUUGGAGAGAAGGAAGCAAGCUUUGCAUGAGCGUCGCAUGGCACUUGAGCAAGAUGUUUCGAGACUUCAGGAGCAGUUGCAAGCUGAGAGAGAUCUAAGGGCUGCACUGGAAGUUGGAUUAAGCAUGUCCACCGGCCAAUUUUCAGGCUCUCGUAGUAUGGAUACAAAGACAAGGGCGGAACUUGAGGAGAUUGCUCUUGCUGAAGCUGAUGUUGCUAGAUUGAAGCAAAAAGUUGCCGAACUCCAUCAUCAACUUAAUCAGCAACGUCAGAGUCAUUAUGGCUCCAUCUCUGAUUCUUGUGAUCGCCACCAACAUGUCCAUAAUAAUCAUAAUACCCAACAGAAAUAUUAUCAGCAAGAUUUUGAUACAUCUCUUGCUUUUGUUAAUCAUGAGAGGAAACAAAGAACUGAGGAGAAUUUGUUGGGGACCAGAAAUCUUAAAGGACAAGGAAUAACACCUAGUAACGGUAGUAGACAACCUGUUCGGAAGCAUCUCAUGGAUUCAGCAAGUUUUAGUGAUUCUAAAAGUACCGAGGCCUCGACAAGUAUUUCUAUGGAUGAAUUUGGUGCUGUUGAUUCUGCGUCUGUCCCUUCCUCUUCGAGAGCAGCAGAGGUGAUGGAUUAUCCUAGGCAUCCAUCUGUAGCCUCUUCAACCCUCAUCGAGUUGACAUCACGUCUUGACUUCUUCAAAGAACGCCGCUCUCAACUUAUGGAACAACUCCACAACCUAGAUUUGAACUAUGAAACAGGACCGGCACAAGAUUUAAUGUAUAAGCCAUCGACACCAAACUGGAACUGAUAGCAACCAGAUGCUCAGGUUUAUAGUUGACACCUCCACAUCUCAGCAUUUGUACAUCCUUCUUCCCCGGGCACAUAAUCUUUUUUCCCUUGUGGUAUCCCUUCCUGAAUAUUUUUUUUGUGUGAAAUUCCUUUUAAUGUAAUUUGUACCAAGAGUCUGCUUAGUCUUAGAUGAGAUUUUGUUAUAAAUAUUAACUCGGUUCACACUAAUGUAUCUGUAAUUUGCUAAGUGUGUUAAUACUUCCUGUAUAUAUGUUGGUGAUUUGUUUAUCAGAACAAAGCUGGAGAAAACAGAUGCUAUUGCCUUGUGAGAUUAUUUCAGCAGCUCUGUUUCGCUUCUAA